AUGCGAACCGCCCUUCCCCUCGCGCGAACGUGUCUCUCCUCCCUCGCCCGCCCAUCCCUCCGCCCUCAAGUCCUCCGACACAUCCACUACAGCGCCCACAGCGGCGGCCGAAGAACAAGUCCCUCCUCUCUUCUCCACUUCCUCCGCGCAAACUUCCGCGCUCCACCCUCACCCGUCAAAGGCGGCAGCGUACUCCUCGCGGCCCUCAGUCCCGUUGCUUUUGUUCAAAUCGCAGAAGAUGACGAUAAUAAAGAUGGCCUCACACAUGAGGAGCGGAUGCUGGAGUCUUCAAGGAAAGAGCUGGCGGAGCAAGUCCCAGAUCGACUGAAGAAUUCGAACAAAAUCCGAGUGGGCAUAUACAGAUUUGUGGACGAAUGGAUAUGGGAACCCUUAGCGACAGGGCUGAGAUUCUUGCAUUUGGUGGUGAUUUUCGUGCCGGUUUUGGUCUCUGUGCCGGCGAUAUGGUUUGGCGCGAGGAGACCGGAUAGGGAUAAUGAACGAGGGGGCACGCUGUGGUGGUAUGGAUUUCUGGUGUCGAGUAUGGAACGAGCGGGUGCUGCGUUCAUCAAAUUGGGACAGUGGGCGGCGAGUCGCACGGAUAUAUUCCCUACCGAGAUGUGCAUGAUCAUGUCUUCGCUGCAUUCGAACGCGCCGGCGCAUUCGUUGAAGGUGACGAAGAAGACGAUCGAGAGGGCAUUUGGCAUGCCAUUUGAGGAGAUCUUUGAUGAGUUUCACGAGCAGCCGCUGGGAGUGGGUGCUAUUGCUCAGGUCUACAAGGCGAAGCUGAAGCCAGAUUUGGCGGCAGCGGAGGAUGAUGCUGAGGACGUUCCACAAACGAUGCGGGCGAGAGCACUACGAACCGUGGAUCCAUUACUGAAGAGCACACCUCAUCGUGUGCCCUCCACCUACGUCGCGAUCAAGGUCCUCCACCCCAAGAUCGAACGGAUCGUCCGACGAGAUCUCAAAAUCAUGUCCUUCUUCGCCAGCGUCAUCAACGCCAUUCCCACAAUGGAAUGGCUCUCCUUUCCCGACGAAGUCGCCCAAUUCGGCGAAAUGAUGCGUCUCCAACUCGACCUCCGCAUCGAAGCCGCCAAUCUCACUCUCUUCCGCACCAAAUUCCGCAAUCGCUCGACCGCUUGGUUCCCAUACCCCUACACGCAAUACACCUCCCGCCAAGUCCUCGUCGAAGAAUUCGCCACGGGCAUCCCGAUGGAACAUUUCCUCGACAACGGCGGCGGCGUCUUCCAGAAAGAAAUCGCCGAAGAAGGCCUCGAUGCUUUCCUCCACAUGCUGUUGCUGGACAACUUCAUCCACGCCGACCUCCAUCCGGGCAACAUCAUGGUGCGCUUCUACAAACCCGCCACCCUCAAACACCGCGCUCCUCAUCUCCCCGUACCUUCCCUUAGCGGAGAGGAGAAGCCGAGCACCAAGACGAAAGAAGUGAAAGAGUCCACCGACGUCACCGAGGAAGUCCUCGCCCGCUUGCGACCUCACCGCCACGACAAGCCCUCCUGGCUCAACACCCUCAAGGAGAUCGAUCGCGAAGGCUACCGUCCGCAACUCAUCUUCAUCGACACCGGACUCGUGACGGAACUCAACGAGACCAACCGCGCGAAUUUCCUCGAGUUGUUCAAAGCCGUCGCGGAAUUCGAUGGCUACAAAGCGGGUCAUCUGAUGGUUGAACGAUGUCGACAACCCGACGCGGUGCUGGAUAAAGAGGUUUUUGCGUUGAGGAUGCAGCAUUUGGUACUGGGCGUGAAGUCGAGGACAUUUGCACUGGGGAAUAUUAAGAUUGGGGAUAUUUUGAAUGAGGUUUUGGAUAUGGUCAGGUCGCAUCACGUUAGGUUGGAAGGAGACUUUGUCAACGUUGUGCUUUCUAUCUUGCUACUGGAGGGGAUCGGACGCAACCUGGAUCCGGAGAUGGAUUUGUUCUCGGGUGCCCUCCCCAUUCUCCGGCAACUCGGCGCGCAGUCCAGCAAGUCCAUCUUCCAGUCGGGAGACCUAUCAAUGGUGAAAGUCUGGGCGGGACUCGAAGCGAGGAAGUUUUUGCAGGCGAGCGUCGAGAGCGUGGAGAAUUGUGUCAAGUAUGAUAUGUUGUCGCCGAACUUUUAG